CUUGAGCGCGUCUCGCGUGAAUUGUGCACGCAGCUGCUGAUCCUGUGACUCGUGCGGAAAACUGCAGCAGUGCAUCUGUCUGUAAACUGGACUGAAGUCUUGAGUGAUCGGCUGAUUUAGUUGAUUUUAAUCGAAUCUGGAUCAUGCUGAAACCACAGGCGGCCUCUGCGGUCCGGAAACCAACCAACGGGGCGCCUGCAGCGGUCAGCAGGUUAGCCGCGGGGAGGGGUCGAUUAAGCAAACCAACAUUCUCAUCUCAUUCUGUUUUUGAAGGUGUGUACAACAACGCUAGGAUGACCCACUUCCUCACAGCAGUCGUGGGCUCCACGUGUGACAUCAGAGUGAAGAAUGGGAGUGUGUAUGAGGGAAUCUUUAAGACACUUAGCUCAAGGUGUGAGCUGGCCGUGGAUGCCGUGCACAUACGUGGUGAGGAGGAUGGCUUGUCUGUUCCUCCCAGGAGAGAGGAGAUCACAGACACUAUGAUAUUCAACCCAGUAGAUGUCGUUACCAUGACGUGCCGGGAUGUGGACCUGAACUUUGCCACUAGAGAUACUUUCACAGACACAGCGAUCAGUCUGCCUCAUGUGAACGGGGAACAUAAAGAGAAAGUGCUGCAGAGAUGGGAUGGAGGAGACAGCAACGGAGAGAAUUUUGACCUCGAAACAGACACGUCCAACGGGUGGGAUGCGAACGAGAUGUUUCGCUUUAAUGAAGAAAACUAUGGCGUCAAAUCAACAUAUGACUCCACUCUGUCUAUGUACACGGUUCCUCUGGAGCGGAACACCUCCGAGUGCUACAGGCAGCGUGAAGCCCGAGCCGCCCGAUUGGCCAAUGAGAUCGAGUCCAGCCCACAGUACCGUCAACGGGUUUCACUAGAGAACGAUGAAGGGAAGAGUGAGGAGGACAAAUACAGUGCUGUCGUGAGAGAUGGAGAACGAGAGAAGGAUAGAGAGAGUCCACGAGAGAGAGGCAGAGACAGUCCUAGCAGUGUCAACAGGGAGGGUAAAUACAUUCCUUUACCCCAGCGGGCGAGAGAAAUGGGCACGUCCAACAGAAGCAGCCGUGGUGGAAGCACCUACAUCCCAAACCGUUCCACACCCCCCAGCUCAUCUCAGCGUCUGCCCCUUAUUGCUGGGGGUUCACAGCCACCCCCCUCAUCAGAGCGGAGCAGCCCUCUCGCCCGGGGCGGAUACUCACCCAACACAUCCUCUCCCAGGCUCUGUGAACUUCCCUCAGUGGGCUCAGCAAGCACCUCUCCCAUCCCAAACACACACUCACACCCCUUUACCACCAUUACACAUUCACACUCCCUCCCGCACGCACUCUCUGACGCCCCCCGCACCAUCAACGGAGUAUCUUCUAAAACGUCUCCAAAGUCGCAGAGACCCCCACAGACCAGUAGAGCAGCUCGGACCUCCAACACACACACUCCCCCCUCAGCCUCUCGGCCUCCAAAAUCUGACGUUCCUUCACAAGACGCUUCUAUUUCCAGCUCCAUAUCAUUGGACAACCUCAAACAGAAGUCUUCUGGCCCUACCCCUUUGUUUCCAGUCGAUGUUAAUGAGAUUUUGAGCUCUGCAGGGAAAGAGAAACCAGCUGAAUCUCAUCCCAGCACUGAAGAAUCCAAGACCAAAGCAUCCUGCAUUCAGCAGCGCAAUCAGAUAGAAGAGCUUCGCCAAUUUGGCAACGACUUCAGGCUCCCGACCAAUGGAGGCAGUCCCAGUCUUCCCAGUGUACCAUCAGCACCCACACUAGAGACUCCCAGUGCUACCCAGCCUAGCUCAACUAAACCCACCACACAACCAACCAGUCCUGUGCCAGAGAGGAAACCCAGCUUAAACCAGAGCCAUCAGGGUCAGAAUACUGCCUCGGCCCCUCCAGCUGAAGAUCCCAAAGAGAAAGAGACCAGCGUCCCUCUCGCAGAUGGACAAUCGCCAGGAACGCCUCAGCCAGCCAGGACCCCAGGCAGUGAGGACCCCAGACCAGACUCCACUGCAGCAACAGAACAACUGAAAAAAUCCACUUUGAACCCCAAUGCAAAGGAGUUUAAUCCCAACAAAGCAGACUUGAAUCUGUCAAAGCCGUCUACAGUUCCCACACCCCCUCGUCCAGUUCCACACAGCCCGUCUGUGGUACUUCAGCAUGGACAGAACAUCUACAACACUUCCUAUUUAGGCUACCUACCCCAGAUACACUCUGUACAGGCCCCUCAGAUGUAUCAGUACACCAUGUCUACUGUUAACCAGGGUAAAUACCCCAGACCUCCGAAAGGUUCUGUAGUGGCUUCACGGUCGGAUCACAACUCAACAGCGCCACCCAUGUUACAGGCAGCUGCAUCUGCUGCGGGAGCAUCAAUAGUGGCGUCACCGUACAAUCAGACAUAUCUUCAGUACAACCCGCAGCAGUACACACAACAACAGGUCCUACAGGCCAUGAAUCCAUAUGCACAGCCGAUGUUCUCAAUGUUGCAGAGUGGAGCUCGUAUGUUAGGUCAGGGUCACCCACAGGCUCUCAGCCUACCUGCAGGCACACAGUUCCCUGGACAGCCUGAUGGCCCUCAGGGGCCACAGCAAGGCCUGUAUGCUCCACAGACGUUCUCGCAUCAUACAGCUUCCGUUCAUCAUCCUCAACCCUCCAGCACACCGACAGGAAACCAGCCCCCUCAACACACUGCACCCAGCCCAGGACAGUCGGGUCAGACAGGUCCUCAGUUGCAGCAGUUAUAUCACUCUGGGCAACUGUCAGCCCCCACGCCCCCCAACCUGCCGCCUGGACAUACCUCACCACAGACCUCAUACCCGCUCCAGGGCUACAGUCUGCACGGACAUCAGCCCAUGCCUUACUCAUAUCCUACUCUGAGUCAGCUCACUCAGGCUCAUGUUUCAGGGCCAAUGUCAGGCCAACACCACUCAGGCAAUCAUGGACCACCACAGGUAGUGAUGCUGCACGCCCCGCCCCCUCAGACUGGCCCAGGUUCCUCCCCUCAACACCCACAACAUGGCCCCCAUCAAGGACCACCCCAACACUAUGCUUAUUUACAUCAGGUUCCGGUUCAACAUCAUCCUCAACAGCAGAUCCCAUUCCACCCUCCAGGAAACUGAACCUCUCAAACUACUUAUCCGCUGAGACUAAGAGAAUGAAGACACAGCUGCCCACUCAUCAUGAGCUUUCUCUUGAAUUCAAGACUUCUGGUUUGGAUGUAAAUGAAGCCAGGAUCAAAACACUGUUAAUGGAACUGGAUCACACAACACGAACCCACGUCUGGAUCAGUUUUUUCAGAAUCCUCUGCUUUUUGUGAAAGAAGAGGCAUAUACAUCGUCGUUUUAGAUGAACAAUAACCUGCGGGUGGACACCAUUAAUUAAGAUGUUUUAAUUGAACAUGCAGACACAAAUUUAAUUUGAAAGAAUUUUGGAAGGAAACAAUAACUGAUGGGACUUUUAUCAGGAAAAAUAACUUUAAAUAAUAUAUUAUACUUGUAGCAACCUGCCUUUCCCAGAGACCCAACCAAUCUUGCUUUACCUUUCCACCCUUUCCCUGAGGACAUAAUAAAACAUAGAAAACAUACAAAAAAACAACAACAAUAAAAAUGACCAAAAA